AGAAAAAAAUUGAAAAAAAAAAAAGAGGCAGGAAAUCGCCGCAACUCUUUCCUUCAUACUCGAAGAAUCACCGACUUAUCGCUGUAUAAAUACGAAAUAAGACGAAAGUUGGAGACUUUCCGAUUGUACUUUGUUGCAGCUGCUCAUCCAAGCUCUGUCCAUAAAGCACCCAACCGGUUUUGGUUAAUUAUGAGGUCUUCAGUUAAACGUCCACCAACUCCAGAUGCAGAAGAAGAGGAGCAAGAUCGAGAACCUACUCUUCAAGAAAUUAUUAAUAUCAAGCUAAUAGAGAGUGGAGAAAAAGAAAGAUUGAAGGAGCUUUUGAGGGAAAGGCUUGUAGAAUGUGGUUGGAAGGAUGAAAUGAAAGCUCUUUGCAGGGCUUUUGCAAGGAAGAGAGGAAGGAAUAAUGUAACUGUGGAUGAUCUUGUUCACGUCAUAACCCCAAAGGGAAGAGCAUCCAUUCCUGAUUCAGUGAAGGCAGAGCUACUACAGCGUAUCAGAUCGUUUCUUGCAUCAACUGCUCUGUGAUUUUUAAGUUGUGGAAUUUUCAGAGUGCCAUCCAAUGCUAAAGAUGUUGCUUGCAACUUAAAGUUAAACUUGGGAAUGCGCUUUUCAAGUGUAGGCAAUGAAGUUGGCUUGGGAGAAUUAAUCCAGUGAGCGGGGGCGGGUGUGGGUCUGGUGGGAUUGAUCUGUUGUUACUUUCCCACCGCUGUUCUGGAGAAAAGUGUAAUGGGGUUUCUGACAUUAUUAUAAAUGGACUCGUGCCUGUACCGAGUCUAGGGAUAUAGGAAUAUACACAUGUGUGUGUGUGUGUGUGUGUGUGUGUGUGUGGUAUUUAUAAAUGAUUCUCCAGGUUUUCUCCCUCCUU